UUGACGGCGGCUACUGGUGGUGGGCCCUGCUGGCCGUGUUCUUGGUGCUGGCCACGGCCGCCGGCAACAUACUCGUGUGUCUGGCCAUAACGUGGGAGCGCCGUCUGCAGAACGUCACCAAUUACUUUCUCAUGUCACUGGCCGUCACCGAUCUCAUGGUCGCCGUGCUCGUCAUGCCCGUCGGCAUACUCACGCUCGUCAAAGGAGUGUUUCCGUUCGCCCCGGUGUAUUGUUUGGCAUGGAUAUGUCUGGACGUGUUAUUUUGCACCGCCAGUAUAAUGCACUUGUGCACGAUCAGCGUGGACCGGUACUUGAGCCUGAGGUAUCCGAUGAAAUUUGGCCGGAACAAGACGCGACGGAGGGUGAUAUUAAAGAUCGUGUUCGUGUGGUUGUUGUCGAUAGCGAUGAGUUUGCCACUAAGUCUCAUGUACUCAAAAGAUUUCAAUUCGGUACUAGUAAAUGGCUCUUGUCAGAUACCCGAUCCAUUGUACAAACUGAUUGGAUCAAUAGUGAGUUUUUAUAUUCCACUGGGCGUUAUGAUACUAACGUACACGCUGACCGUUCGACACUUGGCUGCGAAGAGACAAAAUCUACAAACAGGCUUCACGCACAAUUCAAAUCAAAACAACACGGCAAGAAGGAGCUGGCGGCGCAUGCUACGCCGGAACUAUCGGAGGACGCGGUCGGACGAGACGGACAUCCGUUCCGCGACUGGCGAAGAGCUGACCGGCGUGAUGACUUCGUCGGCAGACGGCGGUGGCGGUCGAAAGCAAAAGAGUCGCGGCGACCCAACGGCUGGACCGAACGCCAUGAAAACCGGCGCCGGCGACGGUGCGCCGUCAUCGAGUUCACGAUCCACGGCCGCGGCAGAAGACGACAGCGGGGCCGCCGACAGCGUGGAAAAUAGCCCGCGGUCCGGUCACCAUUACCGUCACCACCACCGGCCGGUGACGCCCAGCGCGAGCUGUCGGGGCACGCCGCGGUCGUUCCGGCACAACCCGUCGGUCGGGUCGACCGACACGGAAAUGACGUCGCUGGACGCCCGCGAACUGUGGUUGCCCGACACCGAGCCCACGCCGUCCACCAUGUCGGCACUGCACCAGUUUGGCGCCGAAAUGCUGCGGCUGUCUCGGGGUCUAGAAAAGGUCGCCUCGCCCGAGUCCAAGCCCGCGUCUCCCGACACGUCCAGAUUAUCCAUCAACCGCGGUGGCUUAGACGACGACGACGACGAGGACGACGGCUUAUGCGACGUCGACGACAUUGAUGACGAAGAAGAAGAGGAAGAAGAAGAAGAAGAAGAAGAAGAAGAAGUAAUAAUAGGGGGAGGUGCUUGCGAUUCGAUGUGCUCGGAAGACGCGUCCACCUGCACCGGGACACCGCGGUGUAGGCGGGUCAAGCGGCAGCGUCGGCGACGGCGGCGACGGUCGGGCACGUUGCACGAGUCGAUGCGCCGGAGAUUCGAUGGCCCCAACCAUCACCGUCACCCGCAUCAUCAUCACCACCUUCACCCAUACUAUCACCAUCCGCACCACGAGCAUCAGUCGCACCACCCACACCAGGGCCGACCUACGCGAGUCCGGAGCUUUCACGAGGACGAACUGACCAGGAACCGGGCGGGACCCGCCUCGGCAGCCUUCACCGGAACGGCUGCGGCGGACAGUGGCCCGAAAAUCGUAGGCACGUUGCUCAAACAGGAAUACCAACGGAAACCCGGACUAGACGAAGAGAUCUGCCUGUUGCCACCGCCGCCACGACGGCGGCAACGACGCGGUCGCUCCCCGUCCGCGAACAGCUGCGGCGGCGGCGGCGGCGGCGGCGAUGCGACGGCGGGAGCUGUGGCGUCGUCGACACCGGUGACGACGGCACAACCGGCACGGGCGACGCUUCCGCCUCAGAGGCAUCCGCAACAGCAGCAGACGGUCGCGCGCGUGGACACGUUGACCGUGUGGUCGGCUGCGUCCAACGAGUCCAAAACGACGACGUUGGCCGCGCCCGCGACCGGCGGCCAACCAUUGCGCCGGGCCAUGACGCAAAAACCGAUACGCAAGCAGACGCCGACCGCGGCCGCGUCGUCGGCCACCGGCAAACGUCAUUCGCCGCUUGUUCGGUACGGGUCGACGCUGGGCCUGCCGUCGCGGCAGCAGCAGCAGCAGCCAGUGACGCCGCAGCGGUCGAACAACGCGAACCGGUCGAGCGUCAUGAUCCGCAACUCGUACCGGCACGGUCGCAUCAUCCGGCUGGAGCAGAAGGCCACCAAAGUUUUGGGCGUCGUGUUCUUCACGUUCGUGUUCCUGUGGACGCCGUUCUUCGCGCUCAAUCUGUUGCCGUCCGUGUGCCCCAACUGCGAGGCCGACAUCAGCAAGGGCCUCAUCGACCUGGUCACGUGGCUGGGCUACGCCAGUUCCAUGGUCAACCCAGUGUUCUACACCAUUUUCAACAAGGUGUUCCGGCAGGCGUUCAAGCGGGUGCUCAUGUGCAAGUACCGCGGCCGCAGCAAGCGUCACUCGUGGCCACCCCCGCCGCCCGCCAGGAAGGUCUGAACGCACGCGUGCACGUGCCAACCCGUCCUGUUACCGCGGUCACCGCGAUGGUCGCCACCGGAAGUCACAGUAUCUCGUUGUAGUUCAAGCGCGAGGAUGGUUCGCUAUAGAUGACUGUUAGGUCAAUCACCUGCACCGGUUAACAUAUUUUUCCCCGACUUGUGACAUCAGUGUUAUCCGUCGACUUCUAUACGCUUUGCUUUUCGACAGCAUAAUGUUUAAAAUAUUUAUACGUAGUAAUCGAAAAUCACUCAAACGUACAGUGAAUGAUUACGUACAGAGUUAAUUAAACGGUUAAAUAUAAUUAAAUUGUAAAAUUUAAAAGACUUCAAUAAUUCAAUAGGGAGAUUUAAAAAAAAAAAAAAAAACAAAUAAUAACGUUAUAACGAUUCAAAGGCUCCCAGCGCAGUUACCGCCAAUUCCCAAUAGUUUUUGGUAUUGAAAUUCCGAGAGAAAAAAAUUAAGUUAUUCUUCAAUCAUAUCGCGGGCAUUUUAUUUUAUUUUUAACCUAUUCCAGGGUUAUUUAAAAGUUAUUUGGCUUGUGCAAAAUAUGUUCGUUUCCGUAAUGCUACAUCUAAGCUAAAUAAUUACUUUGGAUAAAUUUAAUUUAAAACAUUUUGCAAAAUAUGAAAAAUGUAAAGAACAAAUUUAAAACUGUCAAUGAUUUUUAAAACCACAUUGGUCAACAAAAGUAUAGCACGAAUAAAUUGAGCGUUUUAAAAAUAUCACUAAAAUUAUUAUACGACUGUUCGUGAAAAGGAACCUCUGCCGUUCGAAAAAUACUUUGUGAGCGAUCAAGCGUUUUACUUUCCGUAAUAUUACAUGUUUGUUUGUGCACGUGGUCAAAUAUUUCUUGUGACAUUUCGACAUAGCAUAAUAUUAUUAUACUUUAGACGGAUAUUUUUUGUUUUAUUUUGCAAACCAGAAUGAUUUUCAUAUGUGAAUAAUAUUAGUGAUAACGUAAUCGAGAAAUUUAAUUUCGCUCUAGCAAAUUAAUAGGUAUACAAAAUUAACAAACACGUAAAUACAAUAUUACAAUAUUAUAAUAGAUUAUCGCAUUUUGUUGGAUUUGGUUCGACAAUCGCAGUGUGUUGUUAGUAUCUAUUUUAACUAUGUAAGGAUGUAUUUAUCAUUAUAAUAUAAAUUUAAUAUUUUCACCAUUCGUGAUGUGUCCGGAACCGUAACGACAUUUCAUUCAAAUUUAUGUUUUCAGGUAAUUUAAAAUCAUCACAAUUAUAACAUAUUUUAAUGAAACCAACAAUGAACAAAAUUUCUAUGCACCUAUUGCACCUGUAUAUAUGACUAUAUACAAUGGCUAGCUACAUCAACUAGUUAAAUUAUCUGUUGAAAUAACUUAAAAAUUUUCAUUUGAUUUAAAAAUAAUCCAUCAAGUUAAAAUUAAAUAUGUUUUUAUGUAUAAA